UUUGCACACACCACAGUAGAAGCGAAACUAGAGGAUAAGCAAACACAUUCGUGUGUUUCUCUAUGACUGCUUUGUAUAUAUAGUGAUAAUGUAAGACUAAACAAAAGAAGACGAAUGUAAGCUUAGGUCCGUCUACGGCAUAAACACAACAAUAACCAGAUAGCACUUCGAGCUCAAUCGUCUCCAUUUACAUCGAUUAGAUCUGCUUUCUCCGUUAUCCCCUACCGCUUAUCGCGUUGGAUGGCAGGUAGUCAGUUAUCGCUUCAUUCACGAUAGAACUUUGCUGCCGGUUAUCUUGCGUUGCUGAAACCGACUACUCAUGAAUCGAUGAGUCUUGCUUGAUGCUGAACGGAGUGUGAGUGGCGUGUAUAUCAUUCCGCCGGAAUUCGAAACUCAAACCUAAUAGAUGUCGCUGAACGAUUUGUGGUAGCCAUUGCUUCCUGGAGUAAUUAGUUCCACCUCUUCGGAUAAGUAGUCACCCGACUAGCCGCAACCAUGCUCUACGUUUUCCACGUCGACAUCGGCCGGAUGCUCAACUUUGAGAUGAGCAAGGCUCUGGAGAACGUGCGUUCUUUGAAGGAAACGAUAGAACGACACUAUGGAAUCCCGAGCAACAGCAUCGUCCUUCUGGUCAGUGGCGGUGAAAUGCUGCUAGAUCACAAUCGCGUAUGCAACUACACAGCCGGGACGGAUACCAAUCCGAUUUAUAUGUUCAGCACCACCGUAACAACAGACGUCAGAAGCCAGCCGCCUUGGCCUAGUAUAGACAAUGACAAGGACCUAACAGAGCAGGUGAACAAAUGCCUUGAGUUGCCUGCCACCUACGCCACGGUUGUGUCGAGAGCCGCACUAGCCCUAAAGGUGUACGAAAUGGCCAAAGAGGAGGCUAAGACUUGCGAAACUUUGGUUCAUGAGCAGCACCUACAGCAGCAGGGCUGGGCAGCCGUCGUUGCUAACAUGGAGGAUGUGGUGAACGAGUUCCAGGAGAGGGUCUCUGAUUUCUACCAGCGGUAUGAAGAGCACCGACAGCAGUACAAGGAUCACAUGGGCAUUUUAUCCUCUUUCGAUAAAGAUCUGAAGCAACUGUCAGAAAUCCCUAUUCUGUCCAGUUUGAUGGACAACGCAGAAUCGAGACCCUUCGGAGCCUUUGAAGAGAUGUACGUUGAUGCAUGUGAUGCAGCUAAUAGCACGCCAUCGGGUAGUGCCGCUAAAAUAAGUGGUAACCAGUCAACAAGUGCCGGAAGCGAUAGCAACGAUCCAAUGGAGGGCUGUAGUCGCGAUGCAAAUUCUGCGGACAAAACCGUUGAGAUUAAUGCAGCUGGUAGUUCUAAUGAAGCGACGGUGUCUGAAAAUGAAAAGAAGAUCGGCAUUUCUGUGCUGGAUUGGAUUUCGGCAGACAAGGGCCAAAGUGCACUGAAACGUAUGGCCGCCGAAUGUCUCCGCGGGCUGGAGCAGUUUGAAAACACCGCCAUGCAGAAUCUGAGGGAUAACGUUGAAAGGGCUGUGGAUUGUUCGCAGAAAGAAGACAUGAAAGAAAUUAAAGGCCUAGAAAGGCGGCUAUGUGACUUGGAGCGCAAAUUGUUUGAAGUGAGAAAACUUGUUCAGGAUCAAAAUGAGCUUGCACAGUCUUUUCAGCAGAAUCAACAAAGGGCAAGUACACUGGGUGAUGCCUCGAUACUACCAGAUCUGUGCGCGUCGCAUAAAAGCCAACUGAAGGUAAUAUUGAAAAACCAGAUAGAUUUAAAUGAAAUUGUACGGCAAUGUUUGCGGUCGAAAGAAGAGUUGGGAGGUAAUCUCCAUCUCCGGCUCAGACAUUACAUAAUACCCGUGGAGACUAAAGUGUACGAAAUAGACAAUAGUCUUCUAUUCUAUCACACCUCAUUGAAGCGUCUUCAGAAACAUUUGGGAAUAAUAGAGCAAAUUCAUAUGGCGCCCAGUAUGUACGUUGGUGCCGUAACAGAGGUGGUUCGUCGAAGAAUGUUUUCCAGUUCUUUCCUAAGAUGGGCUUCCGAUUUAUCAUGCCGUCUAAUGACGAUAUAUAACGAAGAAGUCAUGCGGCGGCACGAUUUUGCUUCACAGUUCGAGGGCCACUUUCUGAGCACAUUGUUUCCCGGGAUGGACGACAUGCCGCCGACCUACGCAAUCCAGGCACCGUCAAUUUUCGAUUCUAGUCUACCGGCUUUGACUAAGCAAGAUCUACAAGAACUCGCCCGUUUCUUACCCGAGCUAACGGAAAAGAUCCAACUACCGAAUAUAGAAUCUGUGAUAAAUUUCUUUUCAUCUAGAUCGGAGGAUGGAAAUCAAAGCAAAAGCAGCGGGCUGCAGGAGUUCCGGGCGGAGAUGGGCGAAGUUAUAAGUGCUUCGGGGAGAUCGGGCAACGAUGAGAAAACUACGGAUUCGGCUAACAAUGCACAAUUGCCUACGAAAGAGGGCUGCGAAUCUGAAACUGACACGGAGGAGUUCGAAAAAGUAGGCCAAAGUCCAAUAGAUCGCCGUAAGAAAUUACGUUCGAGAGUAGAAACGUGCAGCCUGGCCACUUCGACGGAGCAAGUACUGCAAACGAGCGCAGCAACACUGACAGAGGAAAAUCUGGGCACUACGCGUCUGGAGGUUGAAACGCUCAAAUCUAUCCUACAGAAGGUGUACCAGGUUUCCCAGUCUUCGAUCUCAUAUUUGCGGGAGCAACUGUACGCCGUCAAGUUGGAAAGUGCUGCCCGCCAAGCCGAAUUCCGCAGCAAACUCGAGGCAGUCAGGAAAUGCUGUACGGACCUACAAGAAGAAGCCCGCAACCAGGAGCGAGAAACGAUACAGCGGAUGACCGUGGAUCACGAGCUGGAGAUGAACGAUCUACGAAAGAGCAUCCAUCAAAAAGACGAUGAAAUCCAAUCGCUUCGGUCGGAUAACGUUAUGAUGAAGGCCAGUCACAUUGAUACGGUAUCGAAGUACGAAAGUGAGAAGAAGGAACUCAAUGAUAAAAUCGAUGGAAUGAAGGAAGUGGUUAGCAAACUGGAAGGGCGACUGACUGAUGUCGAUGUAGACAAAAAGAAGGCCAUUCAGGAAGCCAUCGAGCAAUUAGAUCAUAAGCACAAAACUGAAAUCGAAUCGUUACGAUGUAGAUACAAGCUAAUGACAAGUAUGGAUAGAUCUCCAUCGGAUACCAGUUUGGAAAAAAUAGAAAAACCUGACAUGAUCGACAUUGUCAGCCACGAGCAGAUGCUGGCGCAGGCCAAAGAAGACUUUAAUCGUGAAAAGGAACGUGCAAUCAAGGCAGCAUUAGACGAAGAGCGACAACGAUGGGAGUCUGUACAAACGCUGAAACCGCAGUCGCGUUCAAUGGCCAGUUCACCUGGAACGCCUACGGGAAGCUCCGACAUCUACAGAAGAAUCCUGGAAGAAAAAGAACGACAGCUAGAUGAACUAAGGGACAAGGAAACACAUUUGCUGAAGGAAAAUCAACGAUACAAGGAAACUAUUCAAUCUCUGACGGAUCCAGAGCUAUGCUCUACUCAAUCAAAUUUCAAGGACCGGAUCGAAACACUAGAAAAAGAGAAACAACAGUUGACGAAAGAGCUGGAAAAGCAACACAGUAGGUGCAGCACCGGUGGGGUGUCCAUCCAGACGUGUGCUAAGGGAGACCUUGUGAUGUUUGUUUACAAUGCCACUUAUGAUCAGUACACCAUUGUGCAGACUGCACCGGUACUGUAUUUUCUACACGCUGAUAGUUACGCGGCCUUUAACCUUUCGCAGCUGGUAUCGGGCACACUGCCCAAGGUAAUCCACUGUAUAGGCACUGUGGUGGACAAGGAGUAUUGCCAUGCCCGCAAGGACGAAAACCGAUACAAAGUAUCUCGAGGUACACGUUUCUAUCGGGUGAAGGUUAAGCCGGUGCCCAGCAGUAGUGGUAGUGGCACCAGUACCAGUACUAGCAGUAGCACAUCGAAGAGUGUCGAUCCGGACAAGCACUCCCACAAGAAGGAAAAAAGUAA